UUGAUCGGAUGCUCCCCCACAUUAUUCACGCCUGCUCGUCCCUCAUUCUCUGGAAUACCUCAGCGAAUAGUUCAAUUUUCCGUGAUUUUUGCUCAUUCGACCCCUAAUUUUUCAGUUGAUCGAUGUUUUAGAGCAAUUGAAACUAUUUUUCGUCGAUAGGAAGAUUAUUUUCGCGAUGUCGAGCGUGGCCAGAGGGAAAAGAUCGUCUGCGAAGCUCAAGACGAUGGGACAAGAGGACGAAUUCCUGAGUAGAAUAACGAAAUCUCUGUAUUAUUCGAAGCUGCCGAUGACUGAUAGGCUGAGUUUGCCAGUAACUGAAUUCGCAGCUGAAUUAUUUUCCGAAGUCAAAAGUGGUUGCACCCUUGAGAGAUUGGACGUCGAGGAGGCCAGUAGAAUCUCCAGAAACGCCUGCGUCUCCCCCUGCUCCUUCGUCCUGGCUCUUCUGUAUUUGGAACGUUUAAAAGACUGCAAUCCUGAGUACCUGUACAAAGUUGCACCAUCUGAGCUCUUCCUCGUGUCUCUGAUGAUUGCGAGUAAAUUUCUUAACGACGAUGGCGAGGAGGACGAAGUAUUCAACACUGAAUGGGCACAAUCUGGGGAUUUAACUGUACCACAUAUGAAUAGACUGGAAAAAGAAUUCUUGACUGCAAUCAAUUGGGAAAUAUUUGUUCAUAACGACCAAUUCUGGGAUCGCCUGAGAAAACUAGAGAAGGACGUGGCCUACAAGGAAGGGAAGAAGCGAGGCUGGUUCUCCUACCAAGAGCUCUCGUGCCUCAUUGAGACGAUAAGAAUAACAGCAAUUGUCCAGGCACUCGUCAGCAUCUCCUCUGUGUGCCUGGCAGCCUACACAGCAGGUGUCGUCACCCUCCUGGGGUCUGCCCUCAUCGCCAGCCACGUCCCAGGGACCUCUCUGGCCCCCAGAACCUCCACUCUCUCCCUAAACGCAACGAAAUCAUCAGGAAUUGCCCCAGAUCCUGAAAAUUCUCACGACAAUUCGAACGAUUUAGAUCGGUUCCCUGAGGAUUUGAAGGGCCUGAUGGACUUCAGAGGUAACUUCACGACUCCUGGACAUUAUUAUAAACAUUCUGAGGCCCAGAACGACUCCUGGCACUGGUGGCUGUCCUCAUUGAGCAACUGGCUCCCAGAAUAUUCAGAAAAUAACAAGAAUCAGCUGAAGAAAAUUGCAAUUCCGUUGCAAAAUCCUGUGGGAUCUUUUGUUACGAAUUCUCAGGUGCUCAUUGGUGAUCACAAGUCAUGGAACGAUUUUGUCACUGAGAUCAACUGGAAGGAAACACUCAAGGAGGGCCUCCAGGGCUCCAGCUCGUGGCAGUAUUACGUGGAAUUGGUCUCGAAAAUUUCUAUCGGAGGAUGAGACCGAGGGAUGAGAAAAUCAUGGCUAAUGAGGGGUGUAGGAGCAUUUUUUAUCAUGAAAAUGUAAAAAAUAUAUUUUUUGUACUAAUGCAUUGAGCUGAGGAGAUGUGAAGAGCGACUAACAAGUAGUUUCGUUUUUUAUUUAUCUUGAGAGUGAAUAUUUUAGGACUCUGAUUAUUUGAGAGUAAUAAAGUUGUAAUUG